GAAUAUGCACAUUCAAUUCGUCUUACUGAGGAAAAUUAUAUUAAAAAAUUUAAGAGUGAUAGAUUUAUUACUUUUGAGAUUCCAUUGGAUCACUCCGAAUUUCUGCGAUAUGAACGUGUUCGAAUCAUUAAUUUUGGAGUAUUUUUGGAGAGUAUUGGGUCCGAAAAUGACGAAAUUUCUCUUUCUAUUAGCAACAACAACAUGUUUAAUGAUAGAUAUAAAUGGAAAAUUUAUCAUUUUAGAUCAAUAUAUGGAGCAGCUCAAGAGUUUAGAUAUAAAGUACCAAAUAAAAUUGUAACAGAUGUGUCAUUUAAGUCAGAUAUUUAUUUUGUUCCAACGCCAUUUAGUCAAUGGACAAUUAAGCUUGAGGAUUGUAAAAUUGGCGAAUCUAGAUUAGAUUCAUCAAAAAUAGAUCUAUCUAAGUUGAAAUCAAUUGAAAUUAA